AUGGGGUUCUUCAGCCGAGUGCAAGUACAGAGCUAUUCGCCAGCUAUUGUGAAGCCGCCGAAGGGGAAGUUCUUCUUCGCCGACCGUACCUGGGAUCGAGUAGCCUGGUGGCAGAGUCCUCGGCUUCGCAAAUUGUACUUCUACUGCGUCGUACUCAUCCUUAACAAUGUCGCAAACGGCUUCGACGGUUCCAUGAUGAAUGGUCUUCAGCAGUCUCUGUCGUACUGGCGUGACUACUUUGGCGAUCCACAGGGUUCCAGGCUCGGCAUAUUGUCCUCUAUCAUGACUCUCGGCUCGUUAUCCGGAUUGGGCUUCAUUCCUCCUAUCUGUGAUGGCUGGGGUCGAAAAGUUGGCGUUGUCAUAGGUUCAGUCAUCGUUCUUCUUGGAGUGGGUCUCCAAGCCGGAGCACUCUCAUACGACAUGUUCUUAGCCAGUCGCUUUCUGAUAGGGAUGGGAAUGGCUAUCACCAUCGGCGCAGCUCCUAUGCUGGUGGCGGAGAUUGCGCACCCACAGGAUCGAGCAAUUAUGACAACGUUCAUGGGUUGCAGCUAUCAUUUGGGAUCGUUCAUCUCGUCCUGGACGACGUUCGGCACCCUCCAGAUCCAGAGUGACUGGGCAUGGCGAUUGCCAUCACUGUUGCAGUGUGCCUGUACACUCAUCGUGAUCUCGGUCAUAUACUUCAUCCCUGAAAGUCCUCGAUACCUCAUCAGCAAAGAUCGUGCCGACAAGGCCAAGCAGGUGCUGGCGUACUAUCACGCCGACGGAAACGAGCAGGACGAGUUCGUGACUGUGGAGUACACCGAGAUCCACUCUAUGCUGAUGAUGGAUCGCGAGGCCAAUCGGUCCACACGCUAUAUCGAUUUCUUUCGCACUCCAGGAAACAGGAAGCGUCUGUCGCUUGUCGUUUUCAUUGCUCUGUUUUCUCAAUGGUCCGGAAAUGGCAUCGUCAGCUAUUACCUGCGAAUCGUGCUGGAGAGUAUCGGCAUCAACGACUCUCGCGACCAGCUUGGCAUCAACGGCGGACUGAAGGCUAUGUCACUGGUGGUGAAUGUCGUCUUUGCCUUCUUUGUUGACCGCAUCGGCCGCAAGCCGAUGUUCAUGAUCAGCACGGUCGGUAUGCUGGUCUCGUUCACCAUCUGGACCAUUAUCAGUGCCCGUUACGACAUCGAAGGCGGCAAUAAUGCAGGACUCGGACGGGGCGUGGUUGUGAUGAUCUAUUUCUUCGACCUGAGCUACAACUUCAAGACCGGUCUAGGAACUACUUACAACAUGGAGAUCCUCCCAUACGGUUUGAGAGCGAAGGGAACGACUCUGGCGUCAUUGACGAUCCUGAUCGCACUCUUCUUUAACCAAUUCGUCAACCCGAUCGCAUUAGAUGAGAUCCAGUGGCGAUACUACAUCUUCUAUUGCUGCUUCCUGUUGUUCGAGGUUUGGUACAUCUGGAAGUACGUAGUCGAAACCCGGUACACUCCUCUGGAAGAAGUUGCGCGCUACUUCGAUGGCGAUGAGGCCGAUGUCGCCACUGUCACCAAUGCUCAGGUUGAGAAGUCAGGUAUGGAGGAGGGCGGUGCUGUCCCUAAGACAGACGCUGCUCAUGUUGAAGUCCGGACCGUAUAG